AUGGCGGGGCGGCCGCGCCUAUAUAGCAGCGCGGAGGCCGGGCCACCGCCCAGUCCGCCCGCAGUCGCUCCACUCUCAGCGCCGCCGGCCUCUCCACCGCCUUCGCAACAAAUUACAGAAACAGUGACCUUCGACGUCAAGGGCAAGUACGCGCUGGUGACUGGUGGCGCCACUGGCAUCGGCCUCGCCUACGUGAAAGAGCUCCUCCGGAAUGGAGUGGCUGCUGUCGCCGUCGCAGAUCUUGAUGACCGCAAGGGAGAUAACGCUGUGAAGGAGCUCAAUACCGAAUUUGGUAGUGGCAAAGCCAUUUUCAUAAAAUGUGACGUCACGAACACAGACGAACUCACAGCUACCUUCCAGAAGGCUGCACAGACAUUUAAAGGUCUGGAUAUCGUCAUCAACAACGCUGGUAUCCUCGAUGACUCUCGCUGGGAAAUGGAGAUCGCCAUCAACGUGACGGCGGUGGCCCGCGGCACGUGGCUGGCCUUCGACAUCAUGGGCAAGAACAAAGGCGGCCGCGGCGGCGUUGUGGCCAACAUCGCGUCCAUCCUGGGCCUGCAGGCCAUGGCCGGCUGCCCCGUGUACGUCGCCACCAAGCACGCUGUCGUGGGCCUCAGCCGAUCCUUCGGGAUGCCGUACCACUUUGAUCGCACCGGUGUGAAGGUGGUGACCAUGUGCCCUGGUGUGACAGACACCCCCCUUAUCUCCGAGGCGCACCACCGCCAAUUCACCGACGACCUGGGCAAGGAGUGCGGACGCGAACUCGAUUCGCUGCCUAAGCAACAGCCCGAGAACGUCGCCAAGGGCAUGCUGCACAUCAUCCGCAACGGGAGCAACGGCAGCGUAUGGGUGAGCGAGGGCGGCCAGCCUGUCUACGAGGUGGCCAUCCCCGAGCGCGAGACCAUCCGUGUGGGCAACUGAGCGCCCGCCCGCACAACACGUUCGCACCCGCACCCGCACCCGCACCAGGCGCCUCGCGCGUCGCAGACCAAUUGUCGCUUGAUGCUGUGUCUUUUCUUCUUCGAUGCCAAAUAAAGUCAAUUCCUCGUGUAUUUUUCUUCAAAA